GACGAUCCAAGUCAGAGGUCCCAGGUUCAAUUCCUGGUUCAGCCAUUUUAUCAACAAGAAUCAUGUGAUCAGAGGUCAUGUGACCAGAAUGAUGGAAUGAUGGGAACAGUGAUGGAAUCAGAUAUCAUCAGUGAUAAGAUCAGUGAUAAGAUCAUAUGGAAUCAGAUGAUCAUGUGACCCAAUUACCAGAGAGUGAUCAACUCCAAAACCUAUCACUAACAGCAAUAUCAUCUGCUACAACUG